UAAGAAUAUAACUUUACGUAUUUAACUGUAAUACAACUUUGUACAUCACUUAGUGGAGAAUAAAAUCUUUCAUAUUAUUUUGGAUUUAAAAAAAAAAAGUUGAUGUUCUAUCGCUUUAUAGGAAUACAAUAUAGUCACAAGAACGCCACUGUAUUAUUAAUAGUGUUCUUGUCUAAAAGAAAAUCAGGUGAAAAUAAAAGAAAUACACGAAAGAGAUCUUACCUUGCAUAAUCACAGAGAAACAACUAUGGAGAAAAAAAUGGAAGCCAUCAAUGAGAAACCUAAAAAAUCGAAGAUAAAAGAAAUUAUACUAGAAAACCUAUUGAUAAUAUUAAUGAUUAUAUCCGUUAUAAUCGGGGUGUGUCUUGGAGUAGGUCUCAGAGGAAUAUGGUCACCGGACGAAAAAAGGAAACUUCAUUAUUUAAGGUUCCCAGGAGAUCUUCUGAUGAAUAUGUUGAAAAUGAUGAUAAUACCAUUGAUCGUAUCCAGUCUUAUAUCUUCGCUGGCAUUCCUUGACUCCAAGUCAUCUGGUAAGAUGGGGCUGCGUGCCGUCGUUUAUUACCUCACGACGACAUUGUGUGCCGUAAUAAUAGGUAUUAUUCUGGUAGUAACAAUUCGUCCCGGUGAAAGAGGAGGAAAAGACAUUGACAAAGGUGGUAGUUCAAAGGACGCUGACGCUUUAGAUUCCUUAUUUGAUCUAAUCAGAAACUGUUUUCCAGACAAUCUUAUUGAAGCAUGCUUUCGAAAGCAAACGACCGAAGUAUCUGAUCAUAUUAUAACCACUGAGCAUACUUACAUGAUGAAUGUAACGGGUACUAACUUCACCACAGUGUCACCUAAUGAUGAAAUGGUGAAAAUGGUCAACUACACUACAACACGAACAGUAGACAAACCCAUGGUGAAGAAAGUGGAGGGAAUGAACAUCCUUGGUCUAGUAGUCUUCUCGAUAUUUUUUGGCUGUACUUUGUCUAGAAUGGGUCCAUCAGGAAAACCACUGUCAGAUUUCUUCGAAUGUAUGCACAUUGCAACAAUGAAGAUCGUAACAUUAAUUAUAUGGUACUCUCCAGUCGGAAUAGUGUUUCUAAUCGCUGUCAAAUUAAUAGAGAUGGAGGACAUGGGUAAAGUCUUUACGCAGCUUGGCUACUACAUGCUAACCGUGUUGUUAGGCCUUGGUAUUCAUGGUUUUGUUGUUCUUCCUCUCGUAUACUUCAUAGGCACCAGGAAGAAUCCUUUUGUUUUUUGCUACAACAUGAUCCGGGCGUUGUUAACAGCUUGGGGUACUGCUUCAAGCUCUUCGACUCUUCCUGUUACAAUGGAAUGCUUGGAAGAAAAGAAUAAGAUCGAUAUACGUGUUGCAAAAUUUGUUACCCCAAUCGGAGCCACCAUCAACAUGGACGGAACUGCACUCUACGAAGCCGUGGCAUCCAUUUUUAUUGCUCAGUAUCUUGGAAUUUCAUUGAAUUUUGGGGAAGUUGUUAUCAUCAGUUUGACAUCAACAGCUGCUGCAAUUGGUGCCGCGGGAAUUCCGUCAGCUGGACUUGUCACCAUGGCGAUUGUUUUGACAGCGGUUGGAUUACCAGUGGACGAAGUAACUCUCAUAAUACCCAUAGAUUGGUUCUUGGAUAGAUUCAGAACAGCCAUUAAUGUAUUGGGUGAUGCCUACGGUGCUGGUCUUGUUGCUCACUUAUCGCAAGAAGAUCUUGCCGAAUUAGACAGACAAGCUGCCAAAGGAAUAGACAUAAAUGAUGUAGAAAUCACAGUAAAUGGUGGCAAGUUUCAAGAAAAAAAUGGUGGACUUGACAAUCCUUCCUUUACGAAAAUGUAGUUGAAAAACUCUGUGCCUAAAGCAUUCAAUGCAAAACUGUUAUGCAUGUUUACAUUUAAUUGAGUUCCGAGACAAAUUUGAAAAAAAAAUGUUAAUCGAACCAACUUUCUAAAAUACAGUUUGUUCUUUACGCGUUUGUAAACAUCUUACGAUAAGAUAUUUUGUAAGAUAAUAAACGCUUUGGCUAUAUAAUUUCAUGGUAACCCGUAUUGGACCAAGGAGGGUAACUGUUACUUAUAUUUUUUACGCAUUGUAUCUGUAUCACAAUAAAAAUAAAAAUAAAGCACAAACUGUGUAUAAGGUCUUAAGAUUUAGUAAGAAAACAUAUUUCUUAGAAAAAGCGAAAAGAUAUCAAAACAAGUUAUUAUGAAAGUAAAAAUAUAGAAAGCUAACAGAGUCUUUAUGUGAGUGAGUGACUAAGGGAGUCACUAUUCGAUUCUCUGGGUUGGCAAGGAUGUUUUUUUUUUAAGUUUUUGAAAAAUAAAAAAAAAAUGUGUGUACCAAGAAAUAAAAAAAAUGUUUUAAAUAAUGGACGAGAAAAAUAAAUUGUGAAUAGCAAAGAGUGCAAAAAUAUCAUUUUUUUCGGAUAAAAUCAUAAAAAAAUACUUUGCGCUUCGCGCGAUGAUUUUAUUACCAUUAUACUAACACAGGGAAAAUCGUAUGAAUUCUUUAGCACCGUCCCCGGUGUCCCCUGAGCUAUAAGCAAUCAAUCUGACCAAAGUUUUGCCUUCCCUUUGGCCACACUUCCGCACACAUUCCUAUUGCAGACAACUGAUUAUUUUAAAUUAUUUUAUAUCAUUAUUUUGAUUAUAUCACUAUUAUUAUACAUUGUAUUCUUUGUACGUUGAUUUAACUGAAUAAUAAUAUCUUUGUCAUUGCCCCCCUGAGGGACCUUUAUUGGAAUAAACAUAUUGUAUUGUACUGUAAAGACACUUGCCCUCCAUUCCUUUAAUCCUGGACCCAUCCCUGCAAAUUUUAAGAAAUUCAAAUGCUUCAAAAGUAGAUAAGAUAACAAACCAAAUGUCAUAAACAAUAAAGUCUCAGUAGUCUUAUGGAGCACCAUUUGAUUAUAGUCGGGGCAGGGAAUUUCUUCUUUAAAGAAAAAGGUUGCUUUUGAAAAAUGAAAAAAAAAGUUUAUACCAAGAACUAAAAAUAAAAAGAAUAAUUUUGUUAUCGGGUGCAAAUCCCUGUCCCCCCUCCCGCGUGGAAGCAAAUACUACCUAGUUCAUUUCAAAUCGUAUUUGAGUAAAAUAUAACAAUACAAAUUGUCACAAGAUGAUAUUAAUUUUUCGAAGUGAAAUAAUAUGUUUAGGAUUUAAGAAAUAAAAAUAAGCUCGUGGAUUUGUUUAUUUUUUUUAAUUAUAUCAGUGUAUUGUAUUGUUUUUUAUAAUCACUUUAGUCACAUAUAUAUUAAUGUUUAAAUAAUGUUCCUCACUAAGUAGAUCUUAGAUGGUUAUAACCAUUCUUUUUAGACCCGUUUUAGUCACAUUGCUCCUUAAGUGUUAUUUUUAUUUUCUAUUUUCAAGUAUUUUGUUGCUGUCUGUAAAUAUUUUUAUUGAUUUUAUCACCAUUAUACAUUUCUUAGACACAGGGACAAUCGAAUAAAUCUUAAGCACCGUCCUCCGGUGUCCCCUGAGCUAUAGGAAAUCAAACUAACCAAAAUUUUGCCUUUCCUUUGGUUGCAAUUCCGCACCCAACCCUACUGCAGAGAACUGAUUAUUUCAAAUUAUUUUAUAUUAUUAUUUUGAUGAUUACACUAUUAUUAUAUAUUGUAUUCUUUGUACGUUAAUGCAACUGAAUUAUAAUAAUAUCUUUGUUAUUGCCCCUCUGAGGGACCUAUAUAGGAAUUAACAUAUUGUAUUGUACUGUAAAGACACAUUUCUUGAAUUCUGAAACAGGUAUGACAAUUGUCCUCUUAUUUUCAAAUUUAUAAUCGCUUUGUUAAGACUAUUUUCGAAUUGUUUUUUAUUUACCAUAUACAAUAAACAAUAUACUCUAAAA